ACAUGCUUCCAUCCCUUCGGCAAUCAUCAGCGAUCGUGACCCAUGGUUCACGUCUACAUCUGUCCACGGUGUACCACCCGCAAUCGGACGGUCAGACUGAGCGCACCAAUCAGAUGAUGGAGCAGCUGAUUCGCACGGCAUCCACAGACCUGGCCCAAUGGGAAGACUCCCUUCCCUUGAUUGAGUUUGCAUACAACAAUGCCCCAUCGGCCACGACUACUCAGUCCCCAUUCUUCCUCAAUUACGGGACAGAUCCGACAACCCCGCUAUCGCCACCGAUAGAAAACCCGGCACCAAGAUCUCAGCAGUUCGUCGAAAAUCUUCGACAGUCUCAGCAAAAAGCAGCUGAUGCCAUCCUCAAAGCCAACCACAGAGGGCUUGUCACAGGAUCGAAUGUGUAACCAGGUUUAUCCUAUCCAAAGGAA